UGGAGGAGCAUUCUGCCAGAACGAGUCCCAACAAACCCCCAGUGUGUCGGCGGAACGCGCCGCGGACGCCGUUGUAAAGCUGCACAUUUACAGGCUUUAUGGAGUGUCGACAAAGUUCCUUAACAAGCGGCGCAUUCAACCUGCGACACGCCCUCGGUGUGUGCGUGAAGCACAGACACGGCCCGUCUGCGGCUGCUUUCGGGCCUCCCGAAUGGAGGGACGCGACCCGUCGAUACGAUCACUCGCAGCGCAGGAGGAGGCGCAGAUAAGAGAAGAAAGGAAGGAAGACGCCUCUGAAGCGCUGGCGUCGGCCUGUUUUGACUCGGGAAAGCCAACUGUGUUCACGGCAGCUGCUGGAGCGGCACACGGAGGUGCUGAACGGAACAAACAAACCUCAGUGAGGUCAUGUCCGACUGCCACCAUGAUGAUCAGACCGCCACCCUGCCGGCAUCAGGCAGUUAAGGUUCCUUCUGUUCCCCAUCCAACACUCUGAAAGCAUUCAUCUGAAGCUGCAGAGGAGCUCCUUUCUGUUUCCUGCAUUUCCAGAAUCCUUCAUUCGUCUUGUUUCCCACUCAGGUGUGAGGAGCUGAGCGGCGUUUGGGGCUCCCUCUGUGUUUGUUAGGACUUUUCUGUGUGUCGCGCGUUCAACUGUCUGUCGAGAUGUCGGUUGAAAGCCCUCGGCGUUCCAGCGGUCAUGACUAAAUGACUCUGUUUAGGUUUCUUAUGAAGUGACCUCAGCAUGAACAACAUGACGCUGAUUUCUGCAGGAGCUCUUUCCAGCCUGCACUUCCUGCAGGAGCUACGUCUGCCUGGAAACGAUCUGUCCUUCAUCCCCAAAGGAGCGUUCGCCGGCCUCUACAACCUCAAAGUGCUAAUGCUCCAGAACAACCAGCUGAGAUCUGUUCCUGCUGAGGCCUUCAACAACCUGCACAACCUGCAGUCACUGCGUCUGGAUGCCAACCACAUCUCCGGCGUCCCGGCCGGCUCCUUCUCCGGCCUGCGCUCGCUGCGGCACCUCUGGUUGGACGAUAACGCCCUGACCGAGGUUCCUGCGGAGGCUCUGAGCGAGCUGCCCGCUCUGCAGGCCAUGACGCUCGCCCUGAACCACAUCCGCCACGUUCCCGACCACGCUUUCAGCGCGCUGGGACGCUUGGUGGUGCUGCAUCUCAACAACAAUAGGAUCGUUUCCAUGGGAACCAACUGCUUCCACGGACUCCACAGUUUGGAGACGCUGGAUUUGAACUACAACCAGUUGAUGGAGUUUCCUACGGCCAUACGCUCACUCCGACACCUCAAAGAGCUAGGUUUCCAUAGCAACAAGAUCCAAUCCAUCCCUGACCACGCCUUUACUGGGAACCCAUCGUUGACCACUGUAUUCUUCUACGAUAAUCCAAUCCAGUCUGUUGGACGUACAGCUUUUCAGAACCUGCCAGAGCUACGGACUUUAUCCCUGAACGGAGCGGCAGAACUCAACGAGUUUCCAGAUCUGACGGGAACGAGGAGUUUGGAGAGUCUGACCAUCACCGGAGCUCGCAUCACUUCUCUGCCCACAUCAGUGUGUGAACAGCUUCCCAACCUGCAGCUGCUCGACCUCUCCUAUAACCAAAUCCAGAGCCUGCCCAGUUUCUCUGCCUGUGAGAGCCUCCAGAAACUAGACCUGCACCACAACGAGGUGGAGGCGCUGGAGGAGAACACCUUCACCGGUCUGACAUCACUGCGCUUCCUAGAUCUCUCCUGGAACCGGCUGUCGACCGUCAAACCCAACGGCUUCUCUGCUCUGCCGGCGCUGAACAGACUGGAUCUGUCAUCCAAUCAGCUGUCAUCUCUGCCCCUGAGCGGCCUGCAGACCUUGACUCACCUUCGCCUGGCCGGUAACGGUCAGCUGAUGGAGUUAAUCGCACGAGAGGACCUGCCGCGGGUCAGGUGGAUGGAGCUUCCCUACGCCUUUCAGUGUUGCGCCUUCAUCUCCUGUGACAGGAAAGGAGGUUCGUCCUGGGAGAAGGAGGAGGCUGUGGAGGCGGCUGGGAGAGAUGCCGCCGUUCUCUCCAGUCAAGCAGAACCGGACUGGGAGGACUUUCUGAUGGAGUUUGAGGACGGGCCCAAACCUCAACACGCCGUCCACUGCAGCCCGACACCAGGUCCGCUGAGGCCGUGUCGCCACCUGCUGGGCAGCUGGAUGAUCCGCGGCGGGGUGUGGCUCAUGGCAGGAACCUCCCUGAUCAGUAACAGUCUGGUGGUUCUGGCCGUCUUCUUCUCUCCUGCCAGCUUGGUGACGCCCACCAAGCUGCUGAUUGGUCUGCUGGCUCUGGUGAAUGGGCUGAUGGGAGUUUGGGGGGGGUGGCUGGCCGCUGUGGACGCCUGGACCUUUGGAAGCUUUUGGAGGUUCGGAGCGAAGUGGGAGAGCAGCUUCCUGUGUCACCUCAGCAGCUUCCUGUGCGUCUUUGCGUCUCAGACCGGACUCUUCCUGCUGACUGUCGCCGCUCUGGAGCGAUGCGUGGCGUCCGCCGUGCGCAGUGGCGGUCGCUCUGCCGGGUGGCCGCUCUGGAUCCGUCUGUCCAUCUGUCUGUGUUUCCUGCUGGGCGCCGCCAUCACGCUGCCCCCUCUAGUGGCUGGAAACAGCAGCACCUCCUUCUGUUUGCCGCUGCCGUCCGUGUCCUCCUCCUUGGCGUUCUCCGUGUCCAUGGUGCUGUUUGACUCGCUCUGUUUCCUCCUCAUGACGCUCGCCUACAUCCGUUUUUAUUGUCAGAGCAGCAAAGCAGCUCCUGCGUGUGACGAGGAGGCGGCGCUGACCCGACACGUGGCCUGGCUGCUGUUUUCUGACUGCCUCCUCUACCUCCCUGUUGCCUUCCUCUCCUUCUCCUCCCUCCUGCGGCUCCCCGCCGUCGGGCCGGAGGCGGCAAAGGCGUUGCUGCUGCUCGUGGCGCCGCUGCCAGCCUGCGUCAAUCCCCUGCUUUACCUCCUCUUCAACCCGCUCGCCAGGGAGGAGCUGGCGUCGCUGGCCAAACGCACGUGCAGAGGCGUGGCGCCAUCCAAGCUAUGGAGGCGAGCGAAGGCUAGAGGAAGCACGCUGGAUUCAGACUACGACGAGGAUGUGGAGAAACAGUCGUGCGACUCCACGCAGGGGCUGGUGGCUGUUGAACAUUUGAAGGAGGAGGAGGAGUCGAGAGGAGCAAAAGGCCUCCAUUCAGCGGAGGCUGCUGGCCUUCAUCACUAAACUGACACACAGAGGGAGAGGAGGCUGAAGAUCUGACCUAACAAAGCAGCAACAUUGAACACGAGAGGUUUCUGACUCAUCCACACUUUUCAACAUCUCAACUUUCUGAUUGCGGCGGCGGUGGCGGCGGCGGUGGCGGCGGCGGU